CUUGGAGCCACUUUCCAGAGCGGAAGUCUGCCUGCUCGGGCUCUGGUGGGGCCUGCUCGGAGGAAUGGCGCCGCCGGGUUCAAGCGCUGUCUUCCUGUUGGCCCUGACAAUCAUAGCCAGCACCCAGGCUCUGACACCUACCCACUACCUCACCAAGCAUGAUGUGGAGAGACUGAAAGCCUCAUUGGAGCGCCCUUUCACAAAUCUGGAGUCUGCCUUCUACUCCAUCGUGGGACUCAACAGCCUUGGGGCACAAGUGCCAGAUAUCAAGAAAGCAUGUACCUUCAUCAAGUCUAACCUUGACCCCAGCAACGUGGAUUCCCUCUUCUAUGCUGCCCAGUCGAGCCAGGUCCUCUCAGGCUGUGAGAUAUCUGUUUCAAAUGAGACCAGAGAUCUGCUUUUGGCAGCAGUCAGUGAAGACUCCUCUGUUGCCCAGAUCUACCAUGCAGUUGCAGCGCUCAGUGGCUUUGGCCUUCCCUUGGCAUCCCAUGAAGCCCUUGGUGCCCUUACUGCUCGUCUCAGCAAGGAGGAGACUGUGCUGGCAACGGUCCAGGCUCUGCAGACAGCAUCCCACCUAUCACAACAGGCUGACCUGAGGAACAUUGUGGAGGAGAUUGAGGACCUUGUUGCUCGCUUGGAUGAACUAGGGGGCAUGUAUCUCCAGUUUGAGGAAGGACUGGAAACCACAGCGUUGUUUGUUGCUGCCACCUACAAGCUCAUGGAUCAUGUGGGGACUGAACCAUCCAUAAAGGAGGAUCAGGUCAUCCAGCUAAUGAACACCAUCUUCAGCAAGAAGAGCUUUGAGUCUCUCUCAGAAGCCUUCAGCGUGGCCUCUGCUGCUGCUGCAUUGUCCCAGAAUCGCUACCACAUGCCAGUGGUGGUUGUGCCUGAGGGCUCUGCUUCUGAUACUCAGGAACAGGCCAUCCUUCGGUUGCAAGUCAGCAAUGUUUUGUCUCAGCCUCUGACUCAAGCUACGGUUAAGCUGGAGCAUGCUAAGUCAGUGGCUUCCAGAGCUACUACUAUCCUGCCUAAGAUGCCCUUCAUACUUGCAGGGGAUGUUUUUGAGCUAAACUUCAAGAAUGUUAAACUUGCCAGUGGCUACUAUGACUUCUCUGUCAGAGUUGAAGGUGACAGCCGCUACAUUGCGAACACUGCAGAGCUUAGAGUCAAGAUCUCCACUGAGGUUGGCAUCACAAAUGUUGAUCUUUCCACAGUGGAUAAGGAUCAGAGCAUUGCCCCCAAAACUACCCGGGUGAUGUACCCAGCCAAAGCCAAGGGUCCAUUCAUUGCGGACAGCCAUCAGAACUUCGCCCUGUUCUUCCAGUUGGUAGAUGUGAACACUGGUGCAGAGCUCACCCCUCACCAGACAUUUGUUCGACUUCAUAACCAGAAGACUGGCCAAGAAGUAGUGUUUGUUGCUGAGCCGGAUAACAAGAAUGUGUAUAAGUUUGAACUGGACACCUCUGAAAGAAAGAUCGAGUUUGACUCUGCCUCUGGUACCUACACACUCUACUUAAUCAUUGGAGAUGCCACUUUGAAGAACCCGAUUCUCUGGAAUGUGGCUGAUGUGGUCAUCAAGUUCCCUGAUGAAGAAGCUCCCUCCACUGUCCUGUCCCAGAACCUUUUUACUCCAAAGCAGGAAAUUCAGCACCUGUUCCGAGAGCCUGAGAAGAGGCCCCCCACAGUGGUGUCCAAUACGUUCACAGCCCUCAUUCUCUCGCCCUUGCUCCUACUCUUUGCACUGUGGAUCCGGAUUGGUGCCAAUAUCUCCAACUUCACUUUUGCUCCUAGCACAAUUAUCUUUCACCUGGGACACGCUGCGAUGCUGGGGCUCAUGUAUGUCUACUGGACUCAGCUCAACAUGUUCCAGACCCUGAAGUACCUGGCUGUCCUGGGCACUGUGACAUUUCUGGCUGGCAAUCGAAUGCUGGCCCAGCAGGCAGUCAAGAGGAUCGCUGCAGAGCAGAGCAGUAGAUUGGCAAAAUAUAGGACACUACGAACAGCACACUAGUUCCAGAAGGUUGAAGACCUGACCUGAAGUGGUUGUUGAACAAGGAGUGAAGAUGAUUCAUAGUGCAAAGAGAGCAGUGAGGGGAACAAACAGAAAAUGAAAAAGUCUGUUAUUUAAAAAGAGAGAAAGAAGUCGAGCUGUGGCUACACUUUCACUUGUUUUCCACUUUCUGUUUUACAGAGCAGAUGUGUUUGGGCUCAGAUUGUCUGUCCCUUUGUCAUGAUGCCUGGCAAGAUGCUGUGAAUGUCCCAGGCUACCCAGAUGUCACACAGAAAGGUUGAAAUCUGUAAUUCAUCUACUUUGGAAUAAAGAGAAUGGUGAUAGGA